UUCUCCGUGGCAGCGGCGACGAGCGGAAGUUCUUGGGAGCGCCAGUUCCGUCUGUGUGUUCGAGUGGACAAAAUGGCGAAGAUCGCGAAGACCCACGAAGAUAUUGAAGCACAGAUUCGAGAAAUUCAAGGCAAGAAGGCAGCUCUUGAUGAAGCUCAAGGAGUGGGCCUUGAUUCUACAGGUUAUUAUGACCAGGAAAUUUAUGGUGGAAGUGACAGCAGGUUUGCUGGAUACGUGACAUCUAUUGCUGCAACUGAACUUGAAGAUGAUGACGAUGACUACUCAUCAUCUACAAGUUUGCUUGGUCAGAAGAAGCCAGGAUAUCAUGCCCCUGUGGCAUUGCUUAAUGAUAUACCACAGUCAACAGAACAGUAUGAUCCAUUUGCUGAGCACCGACCUCCAAAGAUUGCAGAUCGGGAAGAUGAAUACAAAAAGCACAGGCGGACCAUGAUAAUUUCCCCAGAGCGUCUUGAUCCUUUUGCAGAUGGAGGGAAGACCCCUGAUCCUAAAAUGAAUGCUAGGACUUACAUGGAUGUAAUGCGAGAACAACAUUUAACUAAAGAAGAGAGAGAAAUUAGGCAACAGCUAGCAGAAAAAGCUAAAGCUGGAGAACUAAAAGUCGUCAAUGGAGCAGCAGCAUCCCAGCCUCCCUCAAAACGAAAGCGGCGUUGGGAUCAAACAGCUGAUCAGACUCCUGGUGCCACUCCAAAAAAGCUGUCAAGUUGGGAUCAAGCAGAGACCCCUGGACAUACCCCUUCCUUAAGAUGGGAUGAGACACCAGGUCGUGCAAAAGGAAGUGAGACUCCUGGAGCAACCCCAGGCUCAAAAAUAUGGGAUCCUACACCUAGUCACACACCUGCGGGAGCUGCUACCCCUGGACGAGGCGAUACACCAGGCCACGCGACACCAGGCCAUGGAGGCGCAACUUCCAGUGCUCGUAAAAACAGAUGGGAUGAGACCCCCAAAACAGAAAGAGAUACUCCUGGACAUGGAAGUGGAUGGGCUGAGACUCCUCGAACAGAUCGAGGUGGAGAUUCCAUUGGUGAAACACCAACUCCUGGAGCCAGUAAAAGAAAAUCACGUUGGGAUGAAACACCAGCUAGUCAGAUGGGUGGAAGCACUCCUGUUCUGACCCCUGGAAAGACACCAAUUGGCACGCCAGCCAUGAACAUGGCUACCCCUACUCCAGGUCACAUAAUGAGUAUGACUCCUGAACAGCUUCAGGCUUGGCGGUGGGAGAGAGAAAUUGAUGAGAGAAAUCGCCCAUUGUCUGAUGAAGAAUUAGAUGCUAUGUUCCCAGAAGGAUAUAAGGUACUUCCCCCUCCAGCUGGAUAUGUUCCUAUUCGAACUCCAGCUCGAAAGCUGACAGCAACUCCAACACCUUUGGGUGGUAUGACAGGUUUCCACAUGCAAACUGAAGAUAGAACUAUGAAAAGUGUUAAUGACCAACCAUCUGGAAAUCUUCCAUUUUUAAAACCUGAUGAUAUUCAGUACUUUGAUAAACUUUUGGUUGAUGUUGAUGAAUCAACACUUAGUCCAGAAGAGCAAAAAGAGAGAAAAAUAAUGAAGUUGCUUUUAAAAAUUAAGAAUGGAACACCUCCAAUGAGAAAAGCUGCAUUGCGUCAGAUUACUGAUAAAGCUCGGGAAUUUGGAGCUGGUCCUUUGUUUAAUCAGAUUCUUCCUCUGCUGAUGUCGCCUACACUUGAGGAUCAAGAGCGUCAUUUGCUUGUAAAAGUUAUUGAUAGAAUAUUAUACAAACUUGAUGACUUAGUUCGACCAUAUGUGCACAAGAUUCUAGUGGUCAUUGAACCAUUGUUGAUUGAUGAGGAUUACUAUGCUAGAGUGGAAGGCCGAGAGAUUAUUUCUAAUUUGGCAAAGGCUGCUGGUCUGGCUACUAUGAUCUCUACCAUGAGACCUGAUAUAGAUAACAUGGAUGAGUAUGUCCGUAACACAACAGCUAGAGCUUUUGCUGUGGUAGCCUCUGCCCUGGGCAUUCCUUCAUUAUUGCCUUUCUUAAAAGCUGUGUGCAAAAGCAAGAAGUCCUGGCAAGCAAGACACACUGGUAUAAAAAUUGUACAGCAAAUAGCUAUUCUCAUGGGCUGUGCCAUCUUGCCACAUCUCAGAAGUUUAGUUGAAAUCAUUGAACAUGGUCUUGUGGAUGAGCAGCAGAAAGUUCGGACCAUUAGUGCUUUGGCCAUUGCUGCCUUGGCUGAAGCAGCAACUCCUUAUGGUAUCGAAUCUUUUGAUUCUGUGUUAAAGCCUCUAUGGAAGGGUAUCCGCCAACACAGAGGAAAGGGUCUGGCCGCUUUCUUAAAGGCUAUUGGGUAUCUUAUUCCUCUCAUGGAUGCAGAAUAUGCUAACUACUAUACUAGAGAAGUGAUGUUAAUUCUUAUUCGAGAAUUCCAAUCUCCUGAUGAAGAAAUGAAGAAAAUUGUGCUGAAGGUGGUAAAGCAGUGUUGUGGAACAGAUGGUGUAGAAGCAAACUACAUUAAAACAGAGAUCCUUCCUCCUUUUUUUAAACACUUCUGGCAACACAGAAUGGCUUUGGAUAGAAGAAAUUACCGGCAGUUAGUUGAUACUACUGUGGAGUUGGCAAACAAAGUAGGUGCAGCAGAAAUUAUAUCCAGGAUUGUGGAUGAUCUGAAAGAUGAAGCUGAACAGUACAGAAAAAUGGUGAUGGAGACAAUUGAGAAAAUUAUGGGCAACUUGGGAGCAGCAGAUAUUGAUCAUAAACUUGAAGAACAGCUGAUUGAUGGUAUUCUUUAUGCUUUUCAAGAACAGACUACAGAGGACUCAGUAAUGUUGAACGGCUUUGGCACAGUGGUCAACGCUCUUGGCAAACGAGUCAAACCGUACUUGCCUCAGAUCUGUGGUACAGUUUUGUGGCGUUUAAAUAACAAAUCAGCAAAAGUUAGGCAACAGGCAGCUGACUUGAUCUCUCGAACGGCUGUUGUCAUGAAGACUUGUCAAGAGGAAAAAUUGAUGGGGCACUUGGGUGUUGUUUUGUAUGAGUAUUUGGGCGAAGAGUACCCUGAAGUAUUGGGCAGCAUUCUUGGAGCACUGAAGGCCAUUGUAAAUGUAAUAGGUAUGCAUAAGAUGACUCCACCAAUUAAAGAUCUGCUGCCUAGACUCACCCCCAUCUUAAAGAAUAGGCAUGAAAAAGUACAAGAGAAUUGUAUUGAUCUUGUUGGACGUAUUGCUGAUAGGGGAGCUGAAUAUGUGUCUGCAAGAGAAUGGAUGAGGAUUUGCUUUGAGCUUUUAGAGCUCUUAAAAGCUCACAAAAAAGCUAUUCGUAGAGCCACAGUCAACACAUUUGGUUAUAUUGCAAAGGCCAUUGGCCCUCAUGAUGUAUUGGCUACACUUUUAAACAACCUCAAAGUUCAGGAAAGGCAGAACAGAGUUUGUACCACUGUAGCAAUAGCUAUUGUUGCUGAAACAUGUUCACCCUUCACAGUACUACCUGCCUUAAUGAAUGAAUACAGAGUUCCUGAACUGAAUGUUCAAAAUGGAGUGUUAAAAUCACUUUCCUUCUUGUUUGAAUAUAUUGGUGAAAUGGGAAAGGACUACAUUUAUGCUGUAACACCACUCCUUGAAGAUGCUUUAAUGGAUAGGGACCUUGUACACAGACAGACGGCUAGUGCAGUGGUGCAACACAUGUCACUUGGGGUUUAUGGAUUUGGUUGUGAAGAUUCACUGAAUCACUUGUUGAACUAUGUAUGGCCCAAUGUGUUUGAGACAUCUCCCCAUGUAAUUCAGGCAGUUAUGGGGGCCCUGGAGGGUCUGAGAGUUGCUAUUGGACCAUGUAGAAUGCUGCAGUAUUGUUUACAGGGUUUGUUUCACCCAGCCCGGAAAGUCAGAGAUGUGUAUUGGAAAAUUUACAACUCCAUCUACAUUGGUUCGCAGGAUGCUCUCAUAGCACAUUACCCAAGAAUCUACAAUGAUGAUAAGAACACCUAUAUUCGUUAUGAACUUGACUAUAUCUUGUAACUUUAUUGUUUAUUUUGUGUUUAAUGCACAGCUGUUUCACACCUUAAACUUGCUUCGAUUUGGUGAUGUAAACUUUUAAACAUUGCAGAUCAGCAUAGAACUGGUCAUAGAGGAAGAGCUAGAAAUCCAGUAGCAUGAUUUUUAAAUAACCUGUCUUUGUUUUUGAUGUUAAACAGUAAACGCCAGUAGUGACCAAGAACACAGUGAUUGCACACACUAUUCUGGAGGGCUUUCAUUUUUAAUUCAUCUUUAUGAAGAUUUAGAAUUCAUUCCUUGUGUUUAAAGGGAAUGUUUAAUUGAGAAAUAAACAUUUGUGUACAAAAUGCUAA